UUUGACAUUUGGAAGGAGAGUCUAAAUUUGAAAGGCAGAAAUGGAUGCACGUUGCGCGCCACCUAAGUGGACCUCAAAGUGAAUUUAUGGGAAUAUGGAGGAUGAGGCCUCAGGUUCUGCUUCGUCGCCGAGAAAAUUGGACCAUUCUCGAAGGACAACACUCGCUCCGUCUUCGUUCAUUACUGUUCCUAAAAAUGCCGGGAGAUGGUGAAAUCACUGCUGAUCCAACCAUCGAAGCCUGCACUAAAGAGGCUUGCGAUUCCAAAACCACGAAGCGUUUGGCCGAUGAUAUCAUGCCUCACAUCCUCAAUCUGUAUGGAUCUUCUGCAACGCCUCGAGAUUUUGAAAUCUACGCUCCCGAUGCUUCGUUCGAGGAUCCACUUACGAGAGCUUACGGUUGCUCUGUUUUUCGGUUCUGCAGCGUGAAGGAAAUCAAAUCGGCAUUUUAUUCUCUGUCCAAGGUCUUCAGUGAAUCAAGAAUUGUGGAAUACGAUUUCAAAGAAAGACUUAUUUCCCCUGGAAAACACGAGAUUAUUGUCGAUAAUAAGCAACACUACAAGUUUUUGGGAAGAAACAUAGAUUUGGAAUCCCUCAUUAAGUUGUAUGUUGUUGAAGGAAAAAUAGUUCGUCAUGAGGACUGGUGGAACAAGAAACCACUCUUGAAUAGAGAAACAGUCCAAUUACCCAUGGUUGGUCGGUUUUUGGAAAUGACUCGGAGAGGUACAAUGUUAGCAACUCAUGCAAUGAUGGGUUUUGGAAAAGAUUAAACUUUAACAAACCCAUCCAGUAUGCCGAUUCAAUAUAGUUUAGAAUUACACUGUGUAUCUCCUCAUAGGAAUUGGGAACUCAUAAGUUAGUCUAUUAUAAGUAUAUAUUUUCUCAAUUUCUUUUCUAAGAUAAUGUACCAAAGUUCAUCACUGCCUCGUAGCUUUCUCGAGUAUGGUUAUCGAGAUGAUAUGGUUUGGUUGACUCCUCUAAUUUGUUAGACAAGAGCUUUGGUUCUUUUUCAUUGUCUAUGUGAAUGAUUCUAGUUGGGGUGUAA